AUGGCCUUCCGUAUAUAUGAGGGUCGUUCUCCUCCCACCCCAUUGGAUGCUUCUGAAUUCUCAGAGGAAGAACACGAUAUUCCCCUCGACGAAGAGUUUGACUUACAGUUCUAUCUGGCUUUGCGACGAGGUCCUCGAUAUGUUUUGCAAGAAGAAGAUGUUGCUGAAAGCCAACUACGAUACACCAAUUGCAUGUUGGCCUAUCUUGCGGAUGACUGUCACUACAGUUUUGAAAGGAUGCAAACAUAUCUUGAUACUCACUGGGCCCCUGAAGCACAACUUUUGAGCCACUACCGGAAUUUCUACGUGAUUUGGUUUGCAAAUCCCCUAGAUUGUCGGGCUAUAUUCCAUAAUGGGCCAUAUGCCAUAGAUGGCGCUCUGCUUCUAGUCCGCCGUUGGACACCGUAUACACCCUUACCCUUUACAUAUGUCACACGGGCUCUAGUAUGGGUUAGACUGUGUGGCUUAUCGCCAGAGUGCUUCAACGUUCACGCCGGAUUUCGGGCAGCCUCGUUGGUUGGUCCAGUAGCUGAACUGCAACAGGGUCUUCGUAAUAACCGGAUAUUAGAUUUCCUUCAAGCAAGGGCCUUUGCACAUCAACAACACCGCAGAUCCACCUUUAUUCCGCCGUCAUAUGUGACUGCUAAUCACCAAUUCCUGGCGGAAGCUGGUGCUGAAAACUUCCCAGAUGGCUUUGAGUUUGAAUUUUUGGAGGAACGUGAUCACUCCCCGCUGAAGCUCUACCGUAUCCAGUCCACCCACUUCCUCCUCCACUGCAACAGCCAAUAG